AUGCUCUCAAAUAAGGUUGAGCGGUCGCGAGCUGUUCGACGCGAAGAAAUGGAGAGGCUGUUGAGGAGAGUGUUGGGGAGUGCUGAGACGAAAGAGGGUGUGGUUGAUGUGGGUGCUGAGCUGAUGAGAUAUACGAACAACGUGACAUGCAGGAUGGUGAUGAGCAGUAGGUGUUCAGAGGAAGAAGGAGAGGCAGAGAGGGUUAUAGAGCUGGUGAAGGAGUCCUUUGAGCUGGCAGCAAAGAUGUGCUUUGGGGAUGUGUUGGGGCCCUUGAAGAAACUGGGUUUUUGGGUGUACGGGAAACAGGCUAUGGAUAUGACCAGAAGGUUUGAUGAGCUUUUGGAGAAGGUGUUGAAGGAGCAUGAAGAGAGAGGGAAAAAGGGUGGUUGGGGUGAGAGAGAAGAUAAGGAUUUGAUGGAUAUGCUUUUGGAGGUUUGUCAAGAUGAGCAGGCUGAGGUUAAGAUUACAAGGACCCAUAUCAAGGCCUUCUUUACGGAUCUUUUCAUUGCGGGCACUGGCACCUCAGCAGAAGCAAUGCAAUGGGCAAUAGCUGAGCUAAUUAAUCAUCCUUGUGUCUUCCAGAAGGUCAGACAGGAAAUAGAAUCUGUUGUGGGAAAAGCUAGACUAAUUGAAGAAUCAGAUAUCCCAAAUCUCCCUUAUUUGCAGGCUGUUGUGAAGGAAACACUAAGACUAUACCCACCAGCCCCUGUCACAACAAGAGAAUGCCGCCAAAGCUGCAAAAUCAAUGGGUUUGAUAUACCAGAAAAAACUGCAGUGGCAAUCAAUCUUUAUGCCAUCAUGAGGGAUCAAGAUUCAUGGGAUGAUCCUAAUAAGUUUAUCCCAGAGAGGUUCUUGGUUUCCUUCAAGGAGCAAAGUGAAGUGAUCAGUGGACAAAAGUUCAAUUUUGUUCCAUUUGGGGCAGGGAGGAGAGGGUGCCCAGGAACAACACUGGCAUUCAGCUUGAUGAAUACUGCGGUUGCAUCUUUGGUUCAAUGCUUUGAUUGGGAGGUUGAUGGAGAUGGAGGCAAGGUUGAUAUUCAAUCUGGACCAGGCAUGUCCUUGAGAAUGGUUCACCCACUCACAGCUCGUCCGGUUGUUCACUUCACCCCAUUUACUGCUUCAACAUAAUCGCAUACAUGCCCCCUUUUAUCUCUAUCCGUUCACUUAUGUAAUUAAACGGAUUAGAUCUUUCUACUCUAAUUUGCUAAUUUCAUGUUGGGUUUGUGUCAAACUCUUUGGUCA